UCCGUUGUGGUAUUUUGUUCCUCGGAGGCAUGCCCUCGGAAUCGGAAAAAGGAGGUGAUCAAUAUGCAGUCGUCAAGUUUCCAGAGGAAGGCAACUCUGUGGCUCUUGUACAUACCAAGUGGCUGCAUGGCGAUGUCUGCUUGUGGCCACAGGAUUCCAAGAAUGUUUCGUAUUUAGCAAAAUGUGGAGCCUCUCCAUCCUCCAACUGGCAAGUCGUGCCAUGUGUGCCCAUAGACACAUUCAGAACAUAUGAUGCAGCGCGACAAAAGCUCAAGCAAGCUGAAGAUGGGUCAGACUUGGGGAGUGAAGUGGACCUGGGACGGGGCAAAAGAAAAAAGCAACGAAGAGCCCUUAGCUCAAGUCCGGAAAGUGUGCAGCGACUACCACUUCCACCGCCCUCUAUGAUGAAAAAAGCACAGAAGAGGGAUGGGAGACGUAUUCACAAGCAGUCAUCACAUGCAUCAACAUCUAGGGCUAAUGAUCCCAAUGUUUGCAGUGAUCAAGGCGCAGUGCAAUGUGCACAAAUGUGUGCUAGCGAGACUUCAGAAUCUGAGGGUGAGGCUGAGUCUGGAGGUGAACAAGAUGCAAUGCAAGAAUCAUCAGGCAUUAAAAGAUCGUUCACAGCUCACUCUUUGAUGAAAAGAGCAAGCCAAAUGGGAAAUACACAGUGCAACAAUGAGAAGUGGCAUUCAAGUCAGUCUGUUGCACCUAUUUCAGAUGAUGGUAAGCAUUUAAGAAUUCAUAUUAAGCCAGAGGUUUCAUGUGUUAGAGGAUUCAUCAUUGCUUUCCAUGUGUAA